AGAUCUAGAGAGAUGGGAAGAGCUCCUUGCUGUGACAAGGCAAAUGUUAAAAAAGGACCAUGGUCACCUGAUGAAGAUGAAAAGCUCAAAGCUUACAUGGAGAAACAUGGUACCGGUGGAAAUUGGAUUGUUCUUCCUCAAAAAGCAGGUCUUAGAAGAUGCGGAAAGAGUUGUAGAUUGAGAUGGUUGAAUUACUUGAGACCGAAUAUUAAACAUGGUGAAUUCUCCGAGGAAGAAGAUAGAGUUAUUUGCACACUCUUCUCUAGCAUUGGAAGCAGAUGGUCGAUAAUAGCAGCUCAAUUACCAGGAAGAACCGACAAUGAUAUCAAAAACUACUGGAACACAAAACUAAAGAAGAAACUCAUGUCUCAAAUGGAAGUUUCUUUUCUCCAAAAGAAAAACCAACCCAAUUCCACACUUAACCCACCAUUAAUCUUCAACACUACUACUUCAUCAUCAAUUCCCAAUUCUCUUCCCACAUCCGGCAACCAAUCCAUUUCAAACCCAUCAAAUUUCUUGACUAGCUUUGUGUAUCCUAUUCCUAUGAACAAUUACAAUUAUAAUAAUAGUCCUUUUGUUGGUGGGGAAGCUAGUUGCAGUUCAUCUGAUGGAAGUUAUGGUGGUCGGAGAUCAUUAGAUCCGAUGGAUAAUAAAGAUUAUCAGAUGGGUUUGCAGUUGCAGAACAAUUAUGAUCUUCUUGGUGAUGAUGAUCAGUUGAUGAUUUUUGGUCAGAGUCAAAUGGAGUAUGCCGGCGGUAGCCUCGAGGAGAUUAAGAAUCUUAUUAGUAGUACAAAUUUAUGUAGCACAAAUAUGAAUUACUUUUUUGAUGAAAUUAAGGCAGAGGAAAAGGUCAUGUACUAUAAUGAUGCUUGA